CCAGCCCUCCCGGGGCAGCGGCGGCAGAAACAGCGACUGCCCGGUGACAGUGGCCAGAGGUGCCCGGUGCGGGACCCGUGGCUUCCUACGGCUGCAGCGACUCCUGAGCCGAGCGAGCCCCCCACAUAUCCCGGUGGAGGAGGAGGAGGAGGAGAGUCUCUUUGCUGCGGCAGAUGUGUUUGGGGUCACCACACAGCUGGGACUAUGGUGAAAUUUCCAGCGCUCACUCACUACUGGCCCCUUAUCCGGUUCCUGGUACCUCUGGGCAUCACCAAUAUAGCCAUCGACUUCGGGGAGCAGGCCUUGAAUCGAGGUAUUGCUGCUGUAAAGGAAGAUGCAGUCGAAAUGCUGGCCAGUUAUGGACUGGCCUAUUCCCUGAUGAAGUUCUUCACAGGCCCCAUGAGUGACUUUAAGAAUGUGGGUCUGGUAUUUGUGAACAGCAAACGAGACAGGACCAAAGCUGUUCUGUGCAUGGUGGUGGCAGGUGCCAUAGCUGCUGUUUUUCACACUUUGAUAGCUUACAGUGACUUAGGCUACUACAUUAUUAAUAAACUGCACCAUGUGGAUGAAUCAGUGGGAAAUAAAACUCGAAGAGCUUUCCUUUAUCUUGCUGCCUUCCCUUUCAUGGAUGCCAUGGCAUGGACCCAUGCUGGCAUUCUCUUGAAACACAAAUACAGUUUUCUGGUGGGAUGUGCCUCAAUUUCAGAUGUCAUUGCUCAGGUUGUUUUUGUAGCCAUUUUGCUUCAUAGUCACCUGGAAUGCAGAGAGCCUCUUCUCAUUCCAAUCCUUUCUUUGUACAUGGGAGCACUUGUCCGCUGUACCACCCUGUGCCUAGGGUACUACAGGAACAUUCAUGACAUCAUCCCAGAUAGCAGUGGACCUGAAGUAGGGGGAGAUGCUACAAUAAGAAAGAUGCUGAGCUUCUGGUGGCCUUUGGCUUUAAUUCUGGCAACUCAGCGAAUCAGCAGACCCAUAGUCAACCUUUUUGUCUCACGUGACCUUGGUGGCAGUUCUGCAGCCACUGAGGCAGUGGCAAUUCUGACAGCUACAUACCCUGUGGGUCACAUGCCAUAUGGUUGGCUGACUGAAAUUCGAGCCGUCUAUCCUGCUUUUGACAAGAAUAAUCCCAGCAAUAAGCUGGUGAGCACAAGCAACACGGUGACGGCAUCACAUAUAAAGAAAUUCACUUUUGUCUGCAUGGCAUUGUCCUUGACGCUCUGUUUUGUGAUGUUUUGGACUCCCAACGUUUCAGAGAAGAUUUUGAUUGACAUCAUUGGAGUGGACUUUGCCUUUGCAGAACUCUGUGUUAUUCCUUUGCGCAUUUUCUCCUUUUUCCCAGUUCCAGUCACGGUGAGAGCCCACUUGACCGGGUGGCUGAUGACGCUGAAGAAGACAUUCGUAUUGGCCCCCAGCUCUGUGCUGCGUAUCAUCGUCCUCAUCACUAGUCUUGUCGUCCUGCCUUACAUGGGGGUUCACGGAGCUACCUUAGGAGUCGGCUCCCUCCUAGCUGGUUUUGUGGGAGAGUCUACCAUGGUUGCAAUAGCAGCCUGCUAUGUCUACAGAAAGCAGGUAAGACGUUGGCUAGUCUCCACAGACCGGUCUACCCACAAGCAUUUACUGGAAACUUGGGGGACCCCAGGAUAG